AGCAGAGCGUGUCUGGCUGCAGUGUUACUGCUGCGUCGACGACACCGCCCAUGUUCGAUCCUCUCAACUCAACGACGUCGGUAUUCGCGAACGGGGACACCGAUGCGAUCCCACCAUGGCCGACGACCCCCCACGAACCUAACUCGCCCAUUCCUACCUUGCGUCGUGCAUCUCCGUCUGCACCACGGAAUGUAGAUUCCGACCCAGCGUUCGUCAAGGAACCUAGAAUCUAUGGUCAGCCGGAACCAGGUCUCAUCUCCCCCCACACGGCUGUCGGCUCCAAUGGCAUAAAAUUCGAGAAGAAAGAGCCAUAUCUCCGGGUACGGAUCACUGGACUGGACCGCAACAGAAGAGAUAUCCUCGUUAAAUUUGAUGCUCAAACGAACCUAUCAAACUUUACCGGAACGACCUACCGCAACGUCUCUAGGUCAUACCUCGAAUUUCAGCAGUUUUACGAGGCUUUGCUCAACAGCUGCCCGCAUACCAUUAUCCCAGCUUUACCCCUUGCCCAGACCUCGGCCCCGACAGACGAAGAAGAUGAUCGGCUGGUGAGAAUUAUGCUCCAGCGGUGGCUGACACGGAUAUGCGAGGAUCCUGUCGUCAUGUAUGAUGAAGACCUACGUUCAUUUAUCGAAAGCGAUUUCGGGUAUCAGCCCAUGCCUCGGCCACGUCGAAAGACCGGCUCAGGAUUUAGUCUCAUAAAGCGGGAUGUAGCAGACGAGGAUGAAGUGUUGCAGCGCGCCCGUUUUGAGCUCACGAAGCUCGAAACACAGUUUUUCGACGCCGCCAAGGCUAUCGAUAAACUUGCCAUAACUCGGAGAGCUCUGUCCGCCGCACAUGCGGAAAUGGGAAACAAGCUCGUUAACGUUGCCUCUACCGAAGCUCGUCCCCCACUUGCUAAUGCGCUGCGCAAGUUAGGGAGGACGUGGCAUAGUCUCUCUGACCUCGAUCAGGCGCAGUCCAUAAGCGAAUGUGUUGUCAUUGGGGAUACCUUUGGUUAUCAAGGUAUGAACGCCCGAUCAGCGAAAGAAGCGCUUCUUCAGCGGGCGGGAGUGCUCGAAGAAUAUCAGGCGGCAGUGAAAUCAGCCAUAUCCAAGAGAAGAAAUAUUGAAAGAUUGAAAGUCAGCUCCAAUAUUCGCCCCGAACGCGUGGACGAGGCGUUGGAAGAGCUGGAGGAGGCAAACAAAUAUGAGCAGUUGCUAGCUCAACGCGCGAAUGGUAUUUCCCAAAAUCUCCAUCGCGCAUUACAGGUGCACAGUAAGACUGUUACGGACGACGUCACUGUUGCGCUGGUCGAACACGCUCGUUCGUCCAUCAUGUACGAGAAGCAAUUGCUGAGGGAACUACUGGCCCUCAAAAACGAUGUUAGCAAUGCUGAUCAAAAGAUCGUCGUCCAGCCAAACAGUAUUCCAAAACCCUCUAUCAUUCCACCCUUGGAAGAUAACACGAAGACGGCAUCAAGACCUAUUGCUUCUGCUCCCCCUGUUCCCCAGUUAUCCAGCAGUGUCCCUGCCGUUGCAUCAACUUCAUCUGCCUCUAUCCACAACCAAGGCCCAAUUACUUCCUCCCAAAUUGCAGGGCCGUCCACAGGCGUCCGCCCCCCCGUUUCCACUUCGCCACCACCUCCGGCGUCUCUUUCUGGCGGCCGGUUUCAAGAUGGCACCCAGUCUAUGUUUGUGCAAUCGACUGGCUCUCCUAGAGGGCAACCGCCGCCUGCUUCCUCCUCCACUCCCAUCUCUCGGGACCCGCUUCUCGGAACCGCCUCUUGUGCUUCAUCUUCUAGCCCCCUCACACGGCCACUUUCGCUACCUUCAUCGGCAACGCCGGACCCUUCUCGUCGUUUUUCAGCCUCGCAGGCGACGUUCGGUCCGCUGGCACAACUUGGCUCUACUAGUAUGUCUCAGUCUAUGCGGAUACAACCUUCGCGACCUCGAUUGGAUGCUAAACUUGCAGCGAGCAAGCUUGCUAACAUGUUUUAGGAUGGUUCUAUUUACUCUACUUACAUGUGUUCCCAUGCAUUUACUUUUAAGGGUGCUGAAAAUGCUUUUGUGGAACAGUUGUCAUAUAGAUUCCACAUGCAACCCAGCGGAC